CUCGGGUUGUAUGUCUCUCGAAGGUACCCUCUACUCUUUGCGACCAGGUCCCUAGUCCAGCAUCAGUUAGCCCACUGCCUCACGUAAGCUCGCCUAAAGUCAUCUCCCUUCUUUAGCCAACGUUAGCUAGCUAACUGCUAUCCUAGCCAUGUCGACGUCCCUUUUCCUGUUCCCCUGGUACCCAAGUUUACGGACACCCUUUUCAACCACUCAAACUCGAACUCACAUUAUAAAAUGGCAGCGUUAGCCCGUUCCUUUGGCUACAAAGCUCUCUUUAUCCUUCAUCGUCUUGUUCCCAUCUUCCUAAUGCCUUCCACAACGCCGGUCCAAAGUCCCCCUAAAAAAAAUGGCGCUCCCCGAUCACACGGACUUCCUCCGACGCGUUACCACCAGAGAGACAAAUAGCAGAAUUACAAAGCAACGGGCGCCGUUCUCGGCGAAAGAACAUGCCGCGCACCGGAAACAAUUAAAACGAAUCCACUACAUCAAACCGAAGUACGCAGCCGAGACCGAGAUCAAUGUGUCCGGCAUCUUUGGAAAAUGGAAGCGGUACUGCACUGAAAUGGAACUAGGGAGCUGGAAACUCACGAUGCAGAGCCUGGACCGCGAGACGAUGAUGGAUUUCUUCCUCUUCGUCUGUGGGAAUUACAAGAUCAAAUCUCGAGGUUCGUCAGAGGAAUACAUUCGUCAGUUUUCGCAGCUCCACACGACUGUCACCGGCCGCUACCCCGACCGAAAUCACAUGAAGGAGCUUUAUAAGUACCAUGAUCGCGUGUUAGUUCCUCGUUUUGGCCUACGACCGCCCAACAUCGAUGGAAAGCCGGUCCUGAAUGUGGACUCGCUACGCGUCAUUUUGGUCUUUAAUAUAGCAUACGACACCAGCAUUUUCCCCCUCGAGUUGCAUCGUCUCAACUUGUCCGGCUGCUAUAUGAUUCUUUGCUAUACAGGAGCACGGCCGGCGGAGCUUGUCCACAACGAAAGGAAGAAACCGAAAGAUGGCUCUCUUGAAGAGCUUUUCGGUGCGAAAGCGGUCAUGUCCGCUGAGUGUGCCGGUGUCGAGGUGGAAGAGGACGAAGAUGCGCUGGAGGAAGAUUCCAGUGGGAUCGGCAAGCUUCUCUUGCGAGAGACGAUCGGGCGUGAUCGUCCCAAGGCGCUCUGCUACGAGGAUAUCCUUAUGAUGAUCGUGCGCCAUCCCGUGACGGGCCGAGCUAUCCCGGCCAUGUCUAUCAAGUUUGUCCAUCACAAAGGAUGCGAUAACAAGCCCAAACCAACCAUUUUCUUUUUCACGCCUUCCAGGACACUCCUCUUUUGUCCCCUUCUAUUAAUCAUUUCUCUUGCGUUACUUGACGACGCUUUCGACGCAAAUUGCUUGAUAAAUGCAAAAUCUGUGCUUGGGGCGGAAGUCCCGCGUGGGAUGAAAUGUUUACCCCUUCGGUGGAAGGAAUCCAAGCUCAAGAUGCCCGUCUUCCGCCGCACGCACCGUGGCGUCGUGUCUAAAGACGAGCCCAUGUCGUAUUGCAAGCUUAGAGACGACAUGGGCCGGCAGAGCCUAGAUGCGGGAUUUGAGAAAAAAUGGACUCCCAGAUUUGCCCGAAGAGGCGCUGCAAACGCUGCAAAUGGAAACGCGCCAGAUGCUGUCCGUGAUCAAAUGAUGCGUCAUAACCCAGAAUACUACACGUUUCAAGAUGCGUAUCUCAAUCAGAUCGCCAAUUUCGAUCUUCAGAACGCUUUCUUAGAGGAAGAGACCGAGGAUCAAUUGUUCCGCCUAUUCGCGCACGUCAGCCUGACUCGAGAUCCUCGCGCUAAAAGAGAUAUGGUGCCUGACGAGGUCUGGGCAAAUCUGAAGCCGGAUCCUGAUAUUGUGGCACUGGAGAAGGAGCGAGAAGAACUUAAGCGGGGCCAAUAUCGAAUACGAGGGAAUAAGGACGAGGCGAGGAUACGUGCACUCACGGAUGAGAUCAGGACCAGACGAGCUCAACGUGAGCACCGAAUCGUGAAAGAGUACCGCGAAUACUACUUUUAUAAUCGCCCAACCUGGGAUCUCGAGAAGCAAGCUAGGGGAGAGGAUAUGGAGGAAUAUGAGGAGCCGGUGAUCGACCUCGUCAUCCCUGAGCGUGCCCAGCUGGCUAAGCUUCUUUGUUACCAGCCCAAGAAGAUGAGCGACGAAGAGAUGCUCCAGCGAAGAAUCGAGGUCAUUGAUCUAUACGUAGCCCUAGGUGGCAAGAGGGAGACCGUCAAGCGCAAAAGCACCAAGCCAAGAUUACAAGUCGAGUUGCCUAUAAGAACCGAUGCUAUCGGAGUCAACCCCUCUCUAAAGCCCAAGCCCGAGCCUGAUCCCUUCCCCCUACUUAUGCAACCGACCCAGUGCCCUGACUGCAUUGGCGAUAAAGCCCAGACAAUCCAUGAGCGGAUUUUCUGUUAUUGUCGUUCCACCAAGAGAAAUGACCACUUUGACGACCAUCAUCUGAAGGGGAAAGAGCGUGCCGAACAGCAGGGUGAGCCCAUCGUCUGCAGACAUCCAAAAUGCUCGGCAGUUGAGUUACGGAGUGUAAAUGCAUUCAGGAACCAUAUCCAAUUAAUCCACGGUGUUACGCUCCGGUCAUCGAUACAGGUGGAGAAGAGGCGGACUACCAAAGCCAAGCUUAGGCGGUCAUAAUGUGCUGACUGAUUUAUCACACCAAUAUCGUGAGACAAGCCCCUUGGACGAUCGCUACUAGGAGGUCUGGGGUUAGGAUUCAUAUUACUAUGUAUUUACUGCUCUAUAUGUCCUAACAGACUUCUUAAGAAAUUGCCUGUGCAAGGGCGCUUAGGGGGUGCUGUGUGUCCCCCGCAAGGCAUAUAAGAGUUAGUAGGUCUUCAUCCCCUCCUUCUAUAGCUCUACCUUCUUGAUCUCGACCUUUCUCAGCCUCGAAGUGUUCACUUAAUCGCUUAAAACCCACGAGGCAAUAGAGACCAGUAUAAUAGGGCAGCACCCGACUCAGGCCAAGUUGAACUUUACACGUGAGCUCUAUGCGAUUGCGGAUGCUAUUAUACGAUCCACAAGUAUCAUCGUUAAUAUAAGUGCUAGUAAUAAUCCCUUUUAUUAGAAUAUAAUACGUAUGAUUCUAAACAUUA